AAAACAACUUCAUAAUCUCAUCAUCUUUUCUUCGAUUCAUUAACUCCCCCGAAACCACCACUCCGCCGCCACCAUGUCGCCGUCCGCCGAAGAUCCCGGCGGAGCCUGCCUAUCCGACCCGCCGGAGACCAACGGCUUCCACAAUGACACCAAUACGCCGGACGAACCGACCUCUCCUACCGCGCCGCCGCCGCGUCUCCGUUCCCUCCGCCGCGCAGCCGCGCCGGAGAAGCUUCGGAAAGUCGCCGUCGCAUCGGCGAAGGGCUUCUCGAUCGGAGCUGGUCUCAAGGGCGGUCUCGCUCUCUUCGCGAUCCUGGCGCGACUCACGCGGAAAAAGCCGCCAAGGAAGGAGAUUGUGGUGUCAAAUAGUGAAGCCAUUGUUACUGCUUUGAAGGAGACACUGAGAUACGGUCUCUUCCUUGGAACCUUCGCCGGAACGUUUGUGUCAAUGGAUGAGCUUAUAGCUGCUGUUGGAGGCCAUCGCAGGACAGGGAAGUGGAGGGCUAUGUUGGCUGGGGCGGUUGCUGGGCAUUCGAUGCUUUUGACGGGGUUAGAGGCGCAGCACACGAGCUUGGCUAUUUAUAUUCUCAUGCGGGCUGCUGUCUUGGCAUCUCGUUGUGGGAUUAAGAGUGAGCGGUUUGGGAGAAUUUGUAAGCCUCUCACGUGGAAGCAUGGUGACAUUUUCCUCAUGUGUCUCUCCUCUUCGCAAAUAUUGUCUGCUUAUAUAUUAAAGCAAGAGAGUUUGCCUGCAUCAUAUAAAUCCUUUCUCAAUAAACAUGGUGGAAAGGAUCCAGUUAUCUUACAAGGUGUAAAAGAUAUAGCCAGUGGCAAGCCAUUUACUAAUUUGGAUGCAAUAGAGAAAUACUACAAGACCGUGGGUGUCGAUGUGAAAUUAGAUCCAAAUAUGAAAGUCCCAUGCUCGAUUGUACAUGGGAAUCAAUCAUGUGGGGGGCACGUCCUUUCUUUUCUUCUUCAAGCCUACAAAAGAGCAUUACCUGUUUAUCUUCCGGUUUAUUUGAUACCUGCUCUAAUAGUUCAUAGAAAAGGACUUCUACAAAGGCCUAACACAAUAUUGGCCAAGGGUCUUGUUGGCACUGCGAGAUCAAGCUUGUUUCUGUCUGUGUAUUGCACAUCUGCUUGGAUGUGGACAUGCUUUCUAUUCAGGAUCUUCAGAAGAUGUAACGUUCCAAUGGUGGCCAUGGGAACAUUCCCUACUGGCCUUGCUCUGGCCAUUGAGAAGAAAAGCAGACGAAUAGAGAUAUCAUUAUACUGCCUUGCUCGGGCUAUUGAGAGCUUCUUCACAUGCAUAGCUGAUGCAGGAUAUCUGCCACAAUCAAGAAGGAUUAAGAGAGCUGAUGUGAUGGUUUUUAGCUUGUCAACAGCCAUCAUAAUGCACUGCUAUGCACAGGAGAGGGAAGUUUUCAAAUCCAAAUAUUUGAAUGUUCUUGAUUGGGUGUUUGGUGUCCCUCCUCCUCCAUGUGAAACCCCGCGAUACAAAGAUGCAUAGAUGGAAUUGAACUGAAUAGUCACUUUGCUCCUUGAAAAAUAUAGGGUCGAUCACCUUAGUCACUGAAAGAUGAAAAUAUCCCUGAAAAAUGAUAAGCGAUCAAUUUAGCCCUUGAAAGAUGAAAGUUUUGUUAAAUUUAGUACUUGAAAGAUAAAACAUGUAAUAAAUUUUAGGAACUAUAUUAUACUUAUUUUUUUUAGUUCGGGGACUAAACUUACUGAUCUUGAAUCUUUCGGGGACUAAAGUGACUAUUCAGUUCAGUUGAUGGAAUUGCUUGCCCAGCAGAGUUUUUUAUCUGAAAAUUUGCCCCCGGCUUGGUGGUAUGUAAAUGAUAUUUCCCUCUCAAAGAGAUUGGUGGCUGGGAACCUGAAUAUUGUAUUAAGAAGGGAAGUACAACGAUGGCAGGAUGAAAAUUGUUUCCUGGAAGCACUCUGAUGAGAUUGAAGGAGGUUUCGGCUGGUUAUUGCGACAUGAGAUUUUUUCAAGCGAAGAGCAGACCAACUAAUCUAUUCAUUGGAGCUCUGAUCUUAUUCACCAAAGUUGCUAAAACCACAAAGGAUCAACUCCUCAGCUGUCUGUGUUUCCUGCUAUACCUUCACAUAUACCAUUUGUCUCCUGAGCACUAGAUUAUAAAAGAAAAAGGGUGUUUUUUACCCUUCACUUUGAUUUUUUAAUACUAUUUAAUUGAAUUAAGUAUUAUUACAUUUU